GUCGGACCUUCGCAACGCGACCGCGUUGGGCAACGUCGCCUCGGCGAGGCAUGCCGUGAAAACAUAUAAUUCACACGUGUACACGCGUGCAUGUAUAUGCAAUCGGUGCAAUACGUCACCCUCAGCCGCGUUCAGCCGCGCUCCGACGAUGAUUAACGGUGUCGCGAGGAGUGUUGCGAAGUGUUAGUCGCUUAAACGUAAGCGCGGUUGACAGUCGACAUGGCUCGUGUCGCGGGACGUGCCUGCGUUUUUAUCGCCGUGAUAUUCCUAUGCGUGAACGCCGGUCGUUGCUCACGCGAGAAAAGGGAGGAUGUGAGGACCGACGAUUCACCACCGGUGCCGGUGGUGCUGUGGCACGGAAUGGGUGAUAGCUGCUGUUUCUCUUUUAGUCUUGGAAAGAUUCAACAGAUUCUUCAAGAUGAAAUUCCUGGGAUUUACGUUCAUUCCAUACGUAUUGGAAAUAAUGAGAUAGAGGAUGUCGAGAACAGUUAUUUUGGGAACAUUAACGAGCAAAUAAAAUAUGUAUGUGAACAACUAUCGCAAGACCCAAAGCUCCAAAAUGGAUACAACGCCAUUGGCUUUUCUCAAGGGGCACAAUUUUUGAGAGCAGUGGCUCAAAGAUGCCCUAAUCCACCGAUGCUGAAUCUGAUAUCUUUAGGCGGUCAGCAUCAAGGUGUUUUUGGCAUACCAAAGUGCUCAGAUACAUCCCGAUUGUGCAAUUACAUGCGUCGCAUGCUUCAUCAUGGUGCAUAUCUAUGGUACAUUCAAAAUUCAUUGAUACAAGCUUCUUUUUGGCAUGAUCCUGUACAGGAAGAUGAAUAUCAAAAGAAAAAUCUUUUUCUUGCUGAUAUCAAUAAUGAGAACACCAUCAACACGGAAUACAAGAACAAUCUUCAGAAGCUUCGAAUUUUAGUUCUUGUUAAAUUCGAGAACGAUACAAUGGUCGAACCAGUGGAAUCAGAAUGGUUUGGAUUCUACAAACCUGGCCAAGCGAAAGAUGUGCAGAAAUUGCAACAAAGCCAAUUGUACCAACAGGAUCGACUUGGAUUACGUGCAAUGGAAAUGUCCGGCAAAAUUAAUUAUCUUUCACUACCUACCGAUCAUUUGCAAUUUACGGCCGAUUGGUUUAUUGAAAAUAUAAUUAAUAAAUAUUUAAUAUAAUUUAAAAAAUGUAUCUAUAAAAAUUUUAAGAAUUCCAAAAUGUAAUGUGAAUUAAAUGAUACAGACUUAUACAUAUACGUAUGUAUUUAGUGUAAAAAAAA